GUUAUUUCUCUUAGAAGAGGACUAUUGUGCAAGCAGGAUGACAGGUCGUCGAAGGUAUAUUCACACAUCUCUGAGGAAUCUGAGCAUGUUCAGUGUGCUGUAGAGUGAGAGGAGCAUGAUUACAAGAGAAAUGUGACACUACCGCGCUCCCUCCGCUUCACUUGGGAAUGGAUUAAUGUGAAAGACUUAAUCCUUCCUAAAGGUUACAUCUUGUCAGGGUGGGAAUGCAAAACGGUGGCUGGUAAAGAGCACCCUGCCUCUCAGAUAUGCCCAGGCGGGGGCUUCCUCUGCAGGGGCGGGUGCGCUGGCUUGUCCUGGGGAUAUUUUUGCUUUUGGUACUGCUGCUGUUUGCUUACCUCCUGGAGUGCACACCGCCUGCGGAUGUAAGCCAGGUGCUGCCUGGCCUGGGAGGAGAUCCGUAUAGAAAGGAGUAUUACCUGGCCCUCCUGGAGGUUUGUAUACAGCAGGACAAGCGGGUGCAUCUCACAGUGGUGUAUUUUGGGCAGACGGGCUUGCAGGAGGUGAAGGCGUCUCUGAGGAAAAUGUCCAGUGAGGAAAACUUCAGUAACUACACUCUGAUCCCUGUGGAUGAGGAGUUUUCGCGUGGCCGUGGUCUGGACAUUGGAGCUCACACGUGGGAGAAGGGGGAUGAUGUGUUGAUGUUCUUCUGUGACGUUGACAUCUACUUCACACUGGAAUUUCUUAGCACCUGUCGUCUCAAUACAGCUCCAGGAAAACGAGUUUUCUACCCGGUGGUUUUCAGUUUGUACAAUCCAUCUAUAGUUUAUGGAAAUCUUGAGUUUCCGCCCCCCAUUGAGAAUCUGCUGAUUCAUAAAAAAGAUGGCGGAUUCUGGAGGGAUUUUGGAUUUGGCAUGACUUGUCAGUAUCGCUCUGACUUCCUCAGCAUUGGAGGAUUUGAUCUGGAAGUGAAAGGCUGGGGUGUAGAAGAUGUGCACUUGUACAGGAAGUAUCUACGGAGUGAUCAGAUUGUGAUCCGCACGCCUGUAUCAGGCCUCUUCCACCUGUGGCAUGAGAAGCUGUGCGCAGAUGAACUGACCCCAGAACAGUACCGCAUGUGCAUCCAGUCCAAGGCCAUGAAUGAGGCGUCACAUUCUCACCUGGGCAUGCUGGUGUUCAGGGAGGAGAUCGAGACUCACCUUCGAAAGCAGGCCUACAAAACCCAGAGCAGACCAGCAGAAUGAAUUGACUACAGAAUCAACAAUACAGAGCACAACUUUGUUGACAUGGCAAUGAAGAAAUGGGUCAAACGGACAUUUUUGGUAUUAUUUGAACUAAGUCCACUCUAAAUAAUAAUCUAUGGAUUACUGAAGACCUUAUGACAGCAAAAAAAAAAAAGACUUAAGUGUGGUGGAAGGAUGGUACUGAUAGGUACUACGUAAACUGUUUACAUCAUUGAGAAUUUAAUUUCUCUGAGAGUUCUGGAAUAGUCUGCUUUAAUGCCAAUUUAAAUUGUAGGUGUUCUACACUAGAAGGACUUAUUUACUACAUGUGAAUAAUGACCAGUCCCAUUAGGGAAAUGAGUUAAUGAAGAUGAGCUGAAAUGCAGAGAAAUUGUUAGGGCCUCAUUCAUGAAAGAGUUUGUACAAACUAUUCAUAAAUGUAUGCAAAAGGGGCAAUCAUCUA